UUUUAAUUUACUUCACACUUGCUAGGUUCUUUUAGUUAGAACAUCACUUCACUCUCUCAUUUCUCUCUUUAACUGCCAUGAUUUUGUUUUGAGUCAACAAAAAGAUUGUUCAUUUUCUUGUUUUUGUUUCUUUGUAAUUCUGGGUAUGUCUGAGAUUCUUCUUUGAGUUCAAAUGAGGAAGCAAAACACAGCUUUAACAAGAUUUGGUCGCAAGGUAAAAGGUUCAUAUCAAUCUUAUGGACUUAGUGUAAAGUUAACCUUUGUAGUAAUCUUAGGUCUUUGUUUUGUAUUCAUUUGGUCUGUAUUUUCACCUUCUUCUUACUCAGUUGCUUAUCAAAGAGACACUUUUGAUGAUAUUAGGGAACCCAUUUCAUCUGCAAAUAAGAAAAAGGUCAGUUCUUUAAGUCCUUCAACCAAGAAAGAACAACCCCAUAAUAAGAAAUUGAAACAUAGAUCAAAUUCAGUUGAGAAAAAAAAGAAAAGAGUUGAUGGAUCUUUGCCAUCAAAGCACAAAAAUGAGAAAGUUGGAGCUGCUAGGAAGAGAAAGGGUGAGGAUCUGAAGUUACCUAAAAAGGUUGAAGAAAUAUUGGAUCAAGAAUUGGAAGGAUCUGAUUCUGAGGAAGAGAAAAUAGAAAAUGAUAAACAAGAAGAAGAGAAAAAAGUAGUUGAGGGUAAAGAGAAUGAGAAAGAAAAAACAGAAAGUGAUAAACAAGAAGGAGAAGGAGUAGAUGGUAAAGAAAAUGAGAAAGAGGAAAUAGAAAGUAAUAAAAAAGAAGGAGUUGAUGGUAAAGAGAAUGAGAAAGAGGAAAUAGAAAGCAAUAAAGAAGAAGAAGGAGAAGGAGAUGGUAAAGAGGAAGGGGAAAGUAAUGGUGAAUUAGCUAAUUCUGAGGAGUUGGAUCAAGUGGAUGAGGAUGAGAAAUCUAGAGAUAAUGGGAAGAAAAAGAGGUAUUUAGGACCAAUAUUUGAUCCAAAAGCACAUUAUACUUGGAAUUUGUGUAGUACUAGAAGCAAGCACAAUUACAUUCCUUGCAUUGACUUUGAAAGUGCUAGUGGGAAGUUGCAUAAUUUUCGGCAUCACGAAAGAAGUUGUCCUAGAGCACCUCAAAUGUGUCUUGUUCCUCUUCCUCCUGAUGGUUAUGAGACUCCAGUAAGCUGGCCUGAGAGUAAGUCAAAGAUACUUUAUAAGAAUGUGGCACACCCGAAACUAGCAGCAUUUGUUAAGAAAGGGAGCUGGGUGGUGGAGUCUGGAGAAUAUCUCACUUUUCCAAUGAACCAAUCUAUACCCAAAGGUGGAAUUCAACACUAUCUAGAUUUCAUAGAAGAGAUGGCACCAGACAUUGAAUGGGGGAAGAACAUCCGUGUAGUGCUGGAUAUUGGAUGUAAAGAUUCAAGCUUUGGGGCUUCUCUACUUGAAAAAGACGUGUUAACACUUACUCUUGGAUUAAAAGAUGACCUUGUGGACCUAGCCCAAGUUGCACUUGAGCGUGGUUUUCCAGCAGUAGUUACCCCAUUCGGAACUCGGAGGCUUCCCUUUCCUAGUGGCGUCUUUGAUGCUAUUCACUGUAGUGAUUGUCAUGCAUCUUGGCAUUCUAACGGGGGAAAGCAUCUUAUAGAAAUGAACAGAAUUUUGAGGCCUGGAGGUUAUUUUAUUUUGUCUUCAAAGCGCACUAGCAUUGAAGUUGAAGAAGCUAUGUCCACACUGACAGCAUCAAUUUGUUGGAAUAUCCUUGCUGAUAAAACUGAUGAAAUCAGUGAUAUCAGGAUUAAGUUAUACCAAAAACCACAAGCAAAUGACAUAUAUCGAUUGAGAAGGAAAAAAGUUCCACCUCUAUGCCAAGCAAACGAGAACCCAGAUGCUUCCUGGCACGUGUCAAUUAAAUCUUGCUUGCAUACGCUUCCUGAAUCCAUAGAACAACGAGGAACCGAAUGGCCUGAAGAGUGGCCAAAGAGACUUGAAACUUUUCCCGACUGGAUGAACAGUAGAGAGAAAUUGAUUGCGGACAGUGAACACUGGAAAGCUAUUGUUAACAAUUCUUAUGUAGUUGGCUUGGGUAUUGAUUGGUCCAACAUUCGGAAUGUAAUGGAUAUGAAAGCCAUCAAUGGAGGAUUUGCAGCAGCUCUUGCACAGCACAAGGUGUGGGUGAUGAAUGUUGUUCCUGUACAUGCACCAAACACCCUUCCGAUAGUCUUUGAACGAGGACUUGUUGGCGUGUACCACGAUUGGUGCGAGGCUUUUGGUACUUAUCCAAGAUCAUAUGACCUUCUACACGCAGAUCAUCUCUUCUCGAGGCUUAAGAACAGGUGCAAGCAUCCUAUUGUGAUUGUGGUUGAGAUGGACCGUAUAUUGCGGCCUGGUGGCUGGGGAAUUAUACGUGACAAGGUCGAAAUACUCGAUCCACUAGAGAAAAUAUUGAGAAGCUUGCACUGGGAGAUACGAAUGACUUUCACGAAAGAUAAGGAAGGCAUCCUUUGUGCACAAAAGUCCAUGUGGAGACCUGUGCACGUUUGGCUCCACUAUUUGACUGCUCAACAGGAACUUGUUGCAGCAAAACAUCUGAAGAAUUGGCUAUACCCAAACAUGUCCCUAUCACUAUCUUCUUACCCCACGCGCCUCGCUAUCCUCACGCUCCUCUCAGCUACCACAGUCUACUUCUUCUACAAAUCUCGCCGCCACCUCACCAAACGCCUCAAAUCCUUAAACCCUAAUCUUAAAACCCCAAAAGGCAAACUCUUCUUUAUAUCCCAAACCAACACUUCUAAAACUCUAGCACAAAAGCUACACACUUUGUUAAAACUCAAUGGGUUUGACUUUGAUCUUGUUGACCCAAAAGAUUAUGAACCUGAAGAUUUACAUAAAGAAAGUUUUGUGUUGAUUAUUGCUUCAACUUGGGAUGAUGGGAAACCACCUAAAAAUGCUGGCUUUUUUGUUGAUUGGUUAAAUGAGAGUGCUGAUGAUUUUAGGGUUGGUUCUUUAUUGCUUAGUAAGUGUAAAUUUGCAAUCUUUGGUGUUGGGAGUGGAUCUUAUGGCGAAACGUUUAAUGCCGUGGCGCGUGAUUUUUCGAGGAAGUUGAGGAAACUUGGUGGGGUUGAGGUUUUAGGUUUGUGUGAAGGUGAUGUUGAUGAGGGUAAUUUGGAUGAAGUGUUUGGUAAGUGGAGUAAAAGGGUUGUUGGAGUUUUGAGUAAUUUGGGUGAAAAUGGAGGGUAUAUUGGGAAUGGGGUUGUUGGUGAUGAUGGUAGUGAAGAUGAAGUAGCAAGCGAGGGAGAUGAUGAUGAUGACGAUGAGUUUGAGGAAAAUGAGAAGGAGUCGGGGAUUGUUGAUCUUGAGGAUAUUGCGGGUAAAGGGCCUUCGAGAAAGAAAGGAGGAGUUGGAGAUAAUAAGUUAGUUAAUGGGAAGUCGAAUGGUGGAGUUGUGAACGGAGAGAAGAAAGCAAUGGUAACGCCGGUUAUUAGGGCGAGUUUGGAGAAACAGGGAUAUAAAAUAAUUGGUUCGCAUAGCGGUGUGAAACUUUGUAGAUGGACAAAAUCACAACUUAGAGGGCGUGGUGGUUGCUAUAAGCACUCAUUUUAUGGCAUUGAGUCUCACAGGUGCAUGGAGGCCACUCCUAGUUUAGCAUGUGCCAACAAAUGUGUUUUUUGUUGGAGACAUCACACAAACCCUGUGGGGAAGAGCUGGACAUGGAAGAUGGAUGACCCUAUUGAGAUUGUGAACACAGCUAUAGAUUUGCAUACAAAAAUGAUAAAGCAGAUGAAAGGCGUUCCAGGUGUUAAAGCUGAGCGUUUGUCUGAGGGUCUUUCUCCUAGGCAUUGCGCCUUGUCACUGGUUGGUGAGCCUAUUAUGUAUCCAGAAAUAAAUUCACUUAUAGAUGAGCUGCACAAGAGGCGGAUUUCGACUUUUCUUGUAACUAAUGCGCAGUUUCCUGACAAGAUUAAGUUAUUGAGACCAAUCACACAGUUGUAUGUCAGCGUAGAUGCUGGUACAAAGGACAGCUUAAAAGCAAUUGACAGACCACUAUUUGGAGACUUCUGGGAGCGAUUUCUUGAUUCCUUGAAAGCUCUCAAGGAGAAGGAGCAAAGAACUGUCUAUCGUUUGACACUUGUUAAAGGGUGGAAUGCAGAAGAGGUGGAUGCAUAUUCUAGCCUGUUCAGCAUUGGAAAACCUGAUUUUGUUGAAAUCAAAGGUGUCACUUAUUGUGGAUCGUCGGCUACAUCAAAGUUGACAAUGGAGAAUGUCCCUUGGCAUGCUGAUGUGAGGGAAUUCUCUGAGGCCUUAGCUAAAAAGAGCAAUGGAGAGUAUGAAGUUGCUUGUGAGCACGUGCAUUCUUGCUGUGUUAUUCUGGCUAAAGUCGAUAAGUUUAAAAUUGAUGGUCAAUGGUUCACGUGGAUUGACUACGAGAAGUUCCAUGACCUGGUAGCUUCUGGAAGACCCUUCACCAGUAAGGAUUACAUGGCACCUACACCAUCUUGGGCCGUCUAUGGAGCUGAUGAAGGCGGGUUUGAUCCAGAGCAAUUGCGUUAUAAAAAAGAGCGACGCCACGGAUCAUCUCGUAAGGAAAAUGGUUCUUAAAAGUGUGAAGCAAUUUUUGUCACCACAGGAUGGCCUACAGUUUUGUUUCAUCGAGUUAAAUUUUGGUUUCCUUCAUUUUCCUGUACAAGUUGCAUUUCUCCGUGAAUAGGCCAGCUUGAGUAACUUUAUCUUUGGGUAUUUAGAAAAUAACUUCCAGUGGGUUGAACUUGGAAUUGAUCGAAUCAAUCAUCAUAGGGAUAUCUUGCAGCAGACAAUUGAUGGAACCAAUAUAGUUGCAGAAGUUAAAUUGUGGCAGACUUUUCUCUCAGCUGCUAUACUCCAUUACUCUGUAUUAGUAAUGUAGGACCAUUACAGGAUGAACACCAUGUUUCGGUAAGUGUGCAACAGUCCUACAAUUUUACUAAAUUUACUCAUCUCAACAACAAGCACAACUACUACUGUGUUUCAAUUCCAA